GUAUGCCAAGAAUAUACUCAAGAGAUGGUAAAGCUAGCUUACAAGUUGAUGGAACUUGUUGCUCUGAGCCUAGGCUUGCCAGCAGAUAGGUUCCAUGGCUUCUUCAAAGAUCAAACCAGCUACAUCCGACUCAAUCAUUAUAACCCUUGCCCUUCCCCUCAUUUAGCUCUUGGUCUCGGUAGACACCAGGAUAGUGGUGUCUUGACCAUCCUUAACGAAGAUGAUGUUGGAGGAUUGGAAGUGAAGCGGAAAACAGAUGGAAAGUGGGUUCGAGUCAAAUCCACCCCAGAUGCUUAUAUCAUCAACAUUGGUGACACUACUCAGGUUUGGACCAAUGACGAGUAUGAGAGUGUGGAGCAUAGGAUGGUGGUGAACUCAGAGAGGGAAAGGUUCUUCAUUGCAUUUUUCUGACACGCAUCAUCCUACACCAUGGUUGAGCCCUUGGAGGAGCUGACAAGUGAGCAAAACCCUGCUAAAUAUAGGGCACACAGCUGGGGCAAAUUUAUAACUCACAGAAAGCGUCCAAAUUAGUCAUUUUAGGAUAUCAAAGUAAGCUGUAUUGUCUUUUGGCAACUGACAA